ACAAAUACUGCGCACGUGCUCUUCAGAGGAAAGCGUCGACGAGGCCGUGAGGGUCAAGCAGAGCGUGAUCAGCGGGCCGGCUGGAAUGCAGACAAAGUGAAGAAGUUUGACAAGACCAUAAAAGAUGAUGGGGUUGAAAUUGAACAAAGUGAAAAGGACUCAUGGAUGGCUUCAGUUCAACUUUGGGCAAGUCGACUCAUUAGCAGCAUCUGGUGUUCGUCGGGACUAUUACAACACAUGAAGUACUAAUAAUAGGUUCUCGAAAAAAUUGCAAUUGAAAUCAUAUUCUCAGUCAGAAAUGAAGUGAAAAUUCAUAUGAGAAAAGAAAUCCAUUUCUGAGUGAUUACUUUUGGGGACAUUUUUUCCUCUCUGGUUUACAGAAUAUUUUUUGUUUUUCAGAUUUUUUUUCCCUGAGACUUUACUACUGAAACUGCUGUUGACUUUUUUUCUAAACUGAACUCAGGAAAAAAUAUAUUCAGAGUAACACCAAUAAAAAAAAAAAGGGCAAAAUGAAGUUAUGAAUAUACAGAAAACACUGAAAAAAAUCCUCCAAAACUAAAAAAAAAAAGUAUUUUUUUGAAAAGACAUUAUCAAUAAAUAAAUGAAGUAUUUGAAACAUUUUUUUUUUUAAUGAAAUAUGAAACUAUGUACCCUUUCCUUUCAUUUUUAAAAGAUAUUUUUUCUUGAUUUUUUUUCUUCUGGAAUGAAAAUGCAGUAAAUGAUAUCAUUUACAAAAGCAAAGCACCAAACUGGAUUUUUUGGGGGGUUCGACGGAGCGGUCGGCCCGUCUUGACUUUUGGCCUCGGAAGCUACGGCGAGCUGACAUCUUGACCGGGAGAACCAGCGGGGCGGGGCGGGGCGGGGCGGACUCCCUGUCGAGUUAACCCCUCGACCCCCGGGGCCCUCGGUCGUCUAGUUCCCGGAGAGUGUCCGUCUGCUUCUACUUGACUGAAUUUGUGGUGCCGUGACCCGCUUAUGCGUCCGUCUGACUUUCGGUCGCGGAUAAGGGGGUCUUAAGUGUCAUUCGGGGGCGGCCCCGUUAUCACUAAAGUAGUGCUUUAGACUUAGGCAGGUGGAGAAGUCACGUAGCCGAGUGAAUGAGAACGAGGCUUUUUGAUGCUUAAACAUACCACAAUUUAUCUUCUUUGUUCUGAGUUUUCACGCCGUGUCACGUUGUCGUUUUGGACACUAGCCGUUUGUGUAGGUGUUAUUGCUGUAUUAGCAACUCAUUAUAAUUGCGUUUGCCAUUGAGGAACAGACUACUUGAUUUCAUUUUUGGUUUCACUCUGCAAAGUGUGGAUGUCAGGAAAAGCUCCAUAAACACACGGACUUCUGCCAUCAUCCUUUCGGAGUUAGCCAUUUUGACUUAGCGAGCAUACGACAGCCGCCUCAAAUUUUCUGCCAGCGGGAAUGAUAUCUUUUACAGUGCAUCGUAUCUUUUGCGUUUUGAAUAUUUUUUCGUAAUAGGAAGCAAAAAAAAAAAAAUUGACAAAACCUUUCGUAAACGGAAUAUUUCGCUUACAGAAGUGUUCAGAUAUCAAGGUACUGCUGUACUUUUGUACUUCUAUCCAACACGACCACUUCCUUAGUAGAGCCGUUUUGAAUUACAAAUGAUGGCGCUAUGCUCUGCCAGCAGAGGUGGGAACUUAACGAUUCGAUAACGAUUCAGAGGCCACGAUUCCAUUAUAAAUCGAUUACUGACGCACCCCCCCAGCUAUUAGCUGCUUUUAAUGUUUGGUAAAUUAGUUAUAAAAAUUAUACAAAAAUCCUUUCAGGCUUAAAUAAACGACUAUUACAGUAUCAAGUUAACAGUUCGAAAAAGUCAAUAAAAUACUCCAUUCUGUAUCAGCAGCUUUAAACUACAUUCAUUUAAAGUUGUGAACCAACCGUUAAAGUUGUUAAAAUUGCUCCCGUUAUUCCAUCAUUUCCCUUCUGUCUACUUUCGACAUGUGAAAGUUUUAAAGACUGUUUUAAAGACAGAUUCAAGUCAAGAUUUUGACGAUUUAGUAGUAUUUUGGAUAAAAAGUUAAUCAGGUUCUCUACAACAGCCUUCCAGGGAAGUCUACUGCUUUAAGAUGGCGGCUGUUUACCAACGCCGCCGAGUCCGUCAUUUCGCAUCUAGUUCUACAUACAUGUGAUAUAUACCGUAGCAUUAUGUGGGCGUAGUUUGUAGGGGCUGUCGGCCGCAGUCGGGUAUUAUUGGUUUUUUAUCUAGCGGCACGAGUCGAGCACGAUGUCUACUCUCGGUCCGUUCCUCAUUGGUCCCGAAGACCGCGGCGAUUGUGUUUUAGUUCCGCUUUACUUGGCAUAUUUCAAUCAUCAGAAUUUGGAUGUUUGUGAAUCGUUCUCGAAUCUUCCACGGCCGAAUCCCGACUAAUUUCGCACACCUCUAUCUGCCAGUAUGAAUAGAUUGGACGUCCGCCGACGGCAGGCGGACCGGUUUUCCAUUCGUUCCAUCCGAAAUGAAAAUAAUAACCCCCCAGAGUCCGUUACAGCCACCGCGUGGCUCUGUGCGAGUGCCUUCGUGGUGUGUUUGAGCAAGCUGGGAAAAUCCCCCGUCAAGGCGCUUAAUCCCCCAGCCAGAGCAAAUAUUACAACACCAAAAAAACCUAGCAGGGAGACUUUUUUUUCUCUCCUCUCAACACGUACACAAGGCGAGUGAAUAACAAUCGGAGCCGCGUUAGCAUAUUCAAAAGCAGCAAAAUACAAGUUUUUUAAAAGACAAUAGCCGCUGAUAUGCAAAGCGCGAUAAGAAACGAACACCUAAGUGGAUCCGGCAGGAAUCCCGAGAAGGUCCGCGGCCAUUUUUGCAAAUAUUAGAAAGUCAAAAAGGCCCGCACGGAGACCGACCGGUGUGGAGUUUAGUCAGGUUUCUCAAGAGACGCUUGUUCAAAGUCUGGAGGAGGCUUUUCAAGGCGCUCCAUUAGCGUCCUGCUGCUCGCCUUAAUCCUCAUUCACAUGUAAUGGUCGACAUUUCAUCUAAAUGUGCUAAUUGAUGAGAGGCGCGCUCAAUGGAGGAGUCGACAACGCGGCGGAGGAGACGUCGGACGAGCGGAGUAGACGCGCUAACGAGGAGCCGAGAAAUAGAAGGCGUUCAUUAUUUUGGCUUCUUUUUUAAAUUCUAGAUGAAUAAAGGGAAAGAAUUAUUACAUUCUCUUUUUUUUCCAACUAUAUACGUAUAUUCCCCACAAAACAACACAGAAGCAGGAUCUAAACACUGUGGCCGCAAUCCUUCUCUUUUUAAUUUGGAAUAUUUUACAUUAAAAUCUCACAUAGCCAAUACAAAAUAUCAGUAAAUUAGCUUAAAUUGGCUUAUUCUAUGUAUCAUUUUAACAGACUAGUCUCUUUGAGAUUUCAAAAUCAUGACUCAUCUUAAAAAUAUUCAAUGAUCCAAAAAAUUGAUUGUGACAUCCCAAUAAGCCUGCCUGACAGGUUUUUUUUUUUUUUAAAUAGAUUAGACGUCUAUCACCGUCAAUGGCGGGCAACGAGUAACAUGGAAUGUGCUUUUUUUCUAUUUAAUGCCGCAAUGCAAUGUAUUGUGCGGCUCCUUCAGGUGAGCCCAAUUUAUCCACUAGGAGGUAGUAUCGUACUGUGCAAUCAUGAACACCCAAGAGCACUUCUACAACUGUGGGCGCUGUUAGUUCUUUAUCACAGAAAACGAGGAUAGACGUCCAAUUAUGUGGUUCUUUAAAAAUAAAUUUAGACAAAUUAGUUUGUCACUAGUAGACGUCCAAUCCAUUUGAAGUGGAAGGGUUGGACAGCGAAUGAACCAACCCUAAUAGAUUGGACGUACAGCGCUGUCAAUGGCAGCCAAUAAGUUAAUAAUAUACUGUAUAUAUUAUUAAGAUUUGUUCUAUGUUUAGUAUGACAUUAAACCGUUUUAACAUGAGGCGUUUGUUUGAGGGGACAGUUGCAAGGUCGGGGUGUGGGGGCUUCCUGUCAUUUGAAUUACCCUCUACAUGUGGGGUCAAUAUGUGCCUUGUGGAGGCUGGGGGGGAGGGGGGGUCUGCAAGAAAGCAACUAUAAAGGAGGUGGGGGCAGAAGCACCUUUGUCACUUAGUUCUCAAGUCACUGGAAAAGAUUCAGGACUCUCUCCGGGGACGCCAUCCGGGCUCGUGUCUUUCUGGGCUGGGAAAAAAAGGGAACAGGUUAGGACCAAGCAGGACUCUUCAACGCAAAAAUGAGGAUCUUCAACCUGCUCUACCUGCUACUAUUGAUACUCCUGGUGGCCACCGUGGUGCUGGUGGAAGCAGCUUCCAUCAAUAGGCCAAAUUUCCAGAAUAUGAGGAAAAAGUACCACAGACACUUUUGCCUGCACCGACGCUGCCUGCCCUUGCACUCUCGAGUUCCUUUCCCCUGACACAAACGGUUCCGCACCGGAGAACGAGAAGGCCGCUCGGAGUACGGGGGCCCUUUCAAAAUGGUGGAGCAAGGAAUUGUGAAGAGAAAGGAAGACGAGAGAAAAUGUCUCUGCACGUGGACUCCUUAUAAAUGCAAAGCUGCGGACCAAAGAGCUGCUCUCGGGCGGCCGUGAUGUUGAUAAAUAUGUAUACUGUAAUCUGCAUUGUAUGCACUUCAAAUGUUUAUGAAAUAUGUUUUAUCCCUUCUAAUAAAGAA